CGGCGAAUUUGUAGUUCUGUGAAAAAAAUUGAUGCUGUGCGGUGAAAGAAUAAGCUGUGAAACAUGGAGAGGUUCACCGUGAAGAUCAUCAACAAGCCUAAAUCUGCCCUGCGAAAUGUGUGUCGUCUGUGUGGCAUGGAUAAUCCCUCAAAGAUCUCGAUUCUGCAAGGAGACAACGUUUUCUGCGUGGAUGAUGUGCCUCUCGCGACGAAAAUUAGCGUUUGCUGUGGUAUUCAGGUGACAAAUGGGGACAAGAUGCCUCAGAAGAUUUGCACUCUCUGCAGCGACAAGAUCAAUGACUUCUUUGAAUUCCGGGAAAUGUGUUCAGCUACCCAAAUACAAACCAGAGACUUGCUGGGACUGCCCCGGGAAAUGCCCAAGCCCACACCUGUGCCAUUGCAUCCGUCUCCUCUUGUGUCGCUGCAGAACCACAUCGAUCACUUCGACAGGCCUUCAGACACCAUCCUAGAACCGCCCAUUAUAUCAGAGUCCAGGACGAUCCAGAGGGCGGAGAGGCGAGUCCCGGCGCAGGGUCGUGUGCAGAAGAAGAAGAAAAAGACUGCCGCCAAGUCGGUGGUUGUGAAGCCAGAACCGUCAACUUCUGAACCCGCGAGCACAGUGAAGAAGAAGGUGAAGAAAGCGCAAGUCAGGGAGAAGAAGAAGACCAAACCGGCUGUCUCGAAGAAGGUGUCUUUCGCCAUUCCGUCGGUGGCCGAGAAGCGCCCUAGUCAGGAGGAAAUGGAGCCGAAAUCGCGCGCGAAGAAAGCGAAGGUGGAGAAACCGGUCAAAGUUCCCAAACCUCCGGUGAUGAUUGUGUGCCCGAUUUGUGGGGAUUCAAUGGAGAAGGAGAUUCGUAAUGCUCACAUGCUGCUUAUGCACUCGCCCAAGACAUUUGAGUUUGGCUGCAGUGCAUGUGCGGUGCCUUUUGAGACCCGCGAAGACCUGCAGGAUCACCAGUCGUGGCACAAGCAGGCCAACAUUCCGUACAGAUGCUUCAAAUGCCAGGGAUCAUUUGAUCGUCUCUCUGCCUACACUGUGCACAGCGCGAAGAGCUGCUCAGGGAACAUCGAGUUCAGCAACACAGUUCCAAAUACAAAAUGCACCAUGUGCAACCAGGAUUUCGCCACAUUCAACCUGUACAACUGGCAUGGGUGCUUCAUAAAGGCCAAUUCCAACUGCCCCAAGUGUGACAAAUUCAUUCAGCGGAAGCAGAAUCUAUUCAAGCACAUAUUCAACUGCACUGGAAAGGGCAAUUUCAACGCGACGGAGCCCCCGGAGGAUGAAGAGAUGGCCGAGAUGCCGCAUAUCAAGGUGGAGAAUCUUCCUGUGGCGGAGAGAAAGGUGAAGCCGCUGAAGAUUCGGAUCUUCGACAAGAAGAAGCACGCAAUAGCUGAGACAGUUCCUGUGCGCAAGGUGAUAAAGUCGGAGCCCGACUCGACGUUGGAGAUUGAGGAGUCGCAGGUGAAUAUAGAGGCGCCAAGUCUCACUACAACCAUUGAGGACAUUCAGCCACCGUCGGUGGACAAGAAGAAGACGUUGAAGAACCCCUACGCGGCGAUCCUCCGAAAGAUUAAGCAAGAACCAAAGGACACGACAGAGUCGACUCCGCCAAUAGCUAAGAUAGGGAUACAAAAGGUGCUCGAGAGGGUGACGCCAGCGAAAUCAGCUGUUAGAGUGAAGCCGGAGCCUCUGGACACUGGCUAUGAAGCAAUGGUGAGAAUUACUGCUGCGAAUAUCAAGAAGGAGAGGCUCGAGCCGACUGAUGGGCAUCCUGUGUCAGGUCUGUACGAGGAAGUGGCGCAAGAGAAGCGCAAGGAGCUGCCAACACUGCCCAAGGGCGUUAGGAUAAAACAGGAGAAAGAUGUGUUCGUGAAGCCAGAACCCAUCGAUCCUGCAUAUGACAAGCACCUACCGAAUCCCGUUGCUUCUGCCCAGAAGGUGGUUAAGAAGCACCUGUUCAAGAUUCCCUCUGCGCUGAUCAAGAAGAUCAAGCAGGAGAAAUCGCAGCGAGAGGCAGAAAGCCAAAAGGGUAAGGAGCCGAAUGAUAGUCAUGCACAGCAGGAUUCUGUGCCUGUGAUCACAGGAGUGAGGAGUAUUGAGCAGAGUGACUUCAGGACGCCCAUGAGUUGCCCCAUUCGGAUUAAGACUGAGCGAUUGAGUCCGCCAAGGAGUGAGGAACACGAGGAGAACUGCACUCAAGAGGAGAAUGGUGUGAAUGCAAAGAAUGGGAACCACGAGGUGUCCGCUAGUGCUCCAGCGAUGCCUACUGAGGACGUCAAUUCUGUAUCCGGAAUAGUAGUGAAUACAGAUGAUGUUCCUGAUGUCCCCAAGAGCGCACCUGAGACGACUGCUAUUCAUCAAAAUGGAAGGUAGACGAGUGUCCUUGCGAGAGUUCAACGAGUAGUGAAAUAAAUGGACAAGGAUAGCAGCGCGAAUAAAAAUUGCGUCUACAUGAAAA